CAGAAUGAGUUUGUCAACUGGGAUCCAGUCCAGUGCGGCUCCAAAAUGAUUACCCUUCCAAGAUCCAUGUUUUGGGGGCCAGAUAUUGUCAUCAAUGAAUUCAUGGAUGAAAACACAGCCCCCUUUGUCCCGUACGUGUAUCUGUACCAUGACGGCAAAGUCCACGAUGCUCUACCAGUCAGAAUUGUGAGCUCGUGUAACCUUGAUAUCUACACCUUCCCAUUCGACGUACAGAACUGCACCAUGACUUUUAACUCCUACAUACACUUCGCCAUGGACAUCCAGAUUUUGCUUGGCAGGUCUGCAGAAAACAUUACAUUGAACUCCAAGAACGUGAUUACCACUACUGGGGAGUGGGAGCUGCUGGAAAUCACCUCCUACAAAAACGAAUCAGGACAAGAUAAGAGUGACUACAUUGAUGCGCUUAUAUUCAAUGUCCGAGUGAGGCGCCGGGCCACCCUGUACGUUGUGAACUUGUUGAUCCCCAGCUGCUUCCUUAUCACAGUCGACCUCUUCAGCUUCUUGCUGCCUCCUCAGGCUGUGGACCGAUCCUCCUUUAAGAUGACUCUGAUCCUGGGCUACACCGUCUUCCUGCUCAUCAUGAACGACCUGCUGCCCGUCACUGGAAACAGCAUACCUCUCAUAAAUGUGUUCUUCUCUCUCUGCCUUGCUCUGAUGGUGACCAGUUUACUGGAGACCAUCCUCAUCACUAACCUGCUGAAUGGCUCUGCUGAUUUCUCUCCCCUUCCGCACUGGAUCCGUGUGAUUGUCCUACAGUUCCUGGGCUGCGUUGUUUGCCUGCCUCAGAAGACAAAAGAAACAAAGCGCUUCGAAAUGCCUGUGGUGGCAAAGCGGACAGCGAAUGAAGGGCCUUCAGAUAUAUCGGGGUCUGGUGCCGAGGGCAGGGCCGUUCAGGAGCUGAGGAGUCUGGGUAAGGACCUCCAGGCCAUCCGUCUCCAGGUGGAGAAGCAGAUGGGCCAAAGCGAGAGCUCUGAAGAGUGGAUCCAGUGCUGCCCGCUGAAAGUCAAGCCUUCUAAGGUUCUUUUCGUCUUCAUCUCUCUACUCUUGUAUGCCCCGUGCAGCCCCGCCAUGCUAAACUGUACCCGACCUGACCCGCUGUCCCUGCUGGAGGCUCUGAAACCGGUGUUCGACCUGGGUACCAUUAGACCUGUGACGGACAUGUCGACCUCAACCAACGUCACCAUUGACUUUAUCCUGGCUGGAAUUUUAGGAGUGGAUGAAAAGGCGCAACUCCUGACGACGUAUAUCUGGCAAACUUUGGUGUGGAGAAAUGAGUUUGUCAGCUGGGACCCAGAACAGUGCGGUUCGUCGUGGAUUACAAUCCCAAGGAAUCUGCUCUGGGUACCAGAUGUGGUUAUCAAUGAGUUUAUGGAGAAGAACUCGGCUCCAUUCGUCCCGUACAGCUACCUGUUUUCUGAUGGCCGUGUGAUAGAUAAAAUGCCUGUCAGAGUCGUCAGCUCCUGCAGACUGGACAUCUACACGUUUCCAUUUGACAUCCAGAACUGCACUUUGAGCUUCAACUCCUACUUACACACUAUUUCUGCUAUCUACGUCAACCACUCGUCCAUAGAGAAAAUAGUAGAACUCUCUAAACAAGUGAUGACGUCUAAGGGUGAAUGGCAACUGGUCGGAAUCACAGUGAAGACGUACAUAUAUCCGACUACAUCAGGAGAUCCUUACCAACAGGUUCGCUUCUAUGUCUCAGUGAGGCGCCAGGCCACCCUGUACGUGGUGAACUUGUUGAUCCCCAGCUGCUUCCUCAUUACAGUCGACCUCUUCAGCUUUGUGCUGCCUCCCAAGAGCGUCGACCGGUCCUUGUUCAAGAUGACCCUGAUCUUGGGCUACACAGUCUUCCUGUUCAGCAUGAAUGACCUGCUGCCCAUCACUGGGGACACCAUACCACUCAUAAAUGUGUUCCUGUCUCUGUGCCUGACUAUGAUGGUGGCUAGUUUACUGGAGACCAUUCUCAUCACCAACCUGCUGUGUGGCUCCGCCCACUACCGUCCUGUUCCCCGCUUUGUCCGGGUGUUGGUUCUUCAAAUCCUGGGCCGCCUGGUGCUGCUUUCUCCGAAACCCAGCGAUCUAGAGGACAGGGUCAUCCAAAAUCCUGCUGCAGGAGAAAUAAAAGAGCCCUCUCCUGUGGCAGAGGGCAGGGAGGCUCCAGAGCAGAAAGGACCACUUGAAGAGGACAAGGCCCUGCAGGAGCUGAGGAGUCUGGGAAGGGAUCUCCAGGACUUCCACCUUCAGCUGAAGCAGCAGCUGGAUGGAAACCAGGGCUCAGAGGAUUGGAUCCAGGUGGGUUUUAUUAUAGACCGUCUGCUGUUCGGCCUCUACAUCAUCUUCAUAUUAGUCAGCUUCAUUACCAUGACUGUUAUCUGGAUGCAGUCAUACAACAUAUCCUAAAUUAGUUUUGAGUUGAUUUUAUUCUCCUAAUUUGUUGGAUUUUGUGUUUUUUUACUGACAACGUUUGUUCAUAAAACUCAACUUCAACUAUCACAGUUAUUCUUUAUUAUUUCACCUUCAUAUUAUGUAAUUAUAUAGUCCAAUUUUGUCUUUCUAGAAAUGUAUACAUUUCAAGCCGCUGCAUUACGUCUCACAACAUAUGGAUGGAUGAGUAACAAUUAACACUCAAGAGUUUGAAAGCUGCUGAUCUGACUGUAGAAUAAAAUACUGUUGAGAAUUGUCAUCUAUGAACACUGUAUUCCAACCAGUUUACAUUCAAGUUUUCCAUCACUGUUUUUAUUUGUCCUGAUUAAUAUAUUGUAUUGCAUUAGGUUUAAAUGUCCCAGAAUUAUAUUGACAAAAUGAUGUAUUAUGUGUCACUUGAAUCAGUCAUAAACAUCAAAGAUUUCUAUGCUACAUGUUGGAACAUGGAUUUUUUUUCGUAAACUUCUUCAAAAAACAAAAUGUGUGCAUCUAUUACUUUUCUAUCUGCGCUG